GCUGCCCUGGUUGACAUGGUGACGCAACAGUUUGAUGGUGAAUCCGUGCACUGUCUCGACGUCGCGUCGCGUCAGCUCACGCACCGAGAACAUGCACAGACGAGGCGGUGUGUAGCCGUGGGCAGACGUCGUCGGGCUGGUCAGACGCGACCGGCCGCAACUGGCGCCGGAGACGAGGCGGACGUCGCCGCGACGAGGCGCGUUGAGGCGGAGCGCGCCGACUCGGUCGAGUGGAGCGGACAAGUGGACGCGUCCCGUCGGCGCGGCUCGACUCGGCCCAGUCGCCGACGCCGAGACUCGAGAGAGCCGAGGCUCGAGGGCCGACGGCGCAGCUCGAGCCGCGGGAAACUGGGCCUGUGGGCCCGGUUCAAAAGCGGCGCGAUCGAUGCACCGACGACGGCGGACGCCACGAGGGAGUGUCUUGUGGGUCAGCUGCCACAAUCGCUUUCAACCGCGGUGGAAAUUGGUUGUGCUUUCUACUUUCCGUUUAGAAACGGGGCUUCGAUGAUGCUCAUGAGAUGA